CUGAUUCGCGUUCGAUUCUCCUGGACCUCUCUUACCACAACGUACGAGAAUAUAUCCUAAAGGACCAUUAUGGGUGCCGACUACUACAAACUCCUCGGGAUCGGGAGGGAUGCAUCGGAAGAAGAAAUCAAGAAGGCGUACAAGAAGAUGGCUUUGAAAUGGCAUCCGGACCGCAAUUCGGGCAGUGAAGAGGCGUCGAAGAAGUUCAAAGAGAUUUCUGAAGCCUUUGAGGUUCUCAGCGACAAGCAAAAACGGACAGUUUAUGACCAGUUCGGCGAAGAAGGCCUCAAGGGCGGAGGUGGUCCUCCACCGGGAGCAGGCGCAGGGCCCUCUGGUGGAUUCUCCGGGUUCAGCGGAUUCCCCGGUGGCGGAGGUAACACGUUCACAUUCACUAGUGGACCCAGUGAAUUUGGCGGAGGACGUGGAGGGUUUUCACCUUCCGACCCAAAUAAAGUUUUCGAAACAUUCCUGUCACAAAUGGGCAUGGGGGGAUUUGGGGGCUUGGGAGGCAUGGGAGGCAUAGGAGGCAUGAGUGGCAUGGGAGGCAUGAGAGGAGGUCGGAGCGGGGCCAGCGCUUUUGACCAAGACGACAGCAUGAAUGGGUUUGGCUCAUUCGGAGGUAUGCCUGGAGGGAUGCCCAACGGACGGCGCAAUUCUCGUCCUCAGCCCCAGCCCCCUUCAGGUUCCACACCCUCAACGCCCAGCGGCCCCUCCGAAAUCACACGGCCGCUCAAAGUCUCGCUCGGAGACCUCUACCAGGGCACAACGAAGCGGCUCAAGGUCGGGCGGCGCCUGCUGGACGGGACGAUGGAGGACAAGGUCCUUGAGAUCGAUGUGCUUCCUGGCUGGAAAAGUGGCACGAAGAUCCGCUUUCCGCGCGCGGGGAACGAGCAGCCCAACGGGGAGACGCAGGACCUCGUAUUCGUCGUCGAGGACAAGCCGCACGAACACUUUGUGCGCGAGGGGAACGACCUCGUGACACACGUCAAGAUUCCGCUCGUCGAGGCGCUCACGGGAGACGGCAGCAAGCGCGUCGUAGAGCUCCUCGACGGGCGCAAGGUCCAGGUACCGCUGCCAGGAGGUGUGGUCAAACCUGGACAGGAGACACGGCUGCCAGGAGAGGGUAUGCCAAUUCGGAAGGGCGGGACAAAUAGCAAGGGAGAUCUUUUGGUGAAGUGGGAGGUAGCUUUCCCGGAGCGAUUGACUGCUGCUCAAAAAGAGGGCCUAAAGAGGGUGCUAGGCUGAUUCACGCCAUCGACUGAAGGAGGCCUCUUUGUGUCGACGUUGGUUGUAUCAUUCGAACGCGUUUAUGCAUUUGUACAAUAGAGCAUGUAGUAUCAUAUGUGAAUUCAACAUCGAUAUGGGCGCUUA